GGUGUCUCGGUGCCCGCUGUCCUGUCUGAUGACUCAGUGCCUGCUGUCGAGCUUGGUGACCCGGUGCCCGCUGUCGUGCCAGAUGACUCGGUGCCCGCUGUCGUGCCAGAUGACUCGGUGCCCGCUGUCAAGCUUGGUGACCCGGUGCCCGUUGUUCUGCCAGGUGACUCGGUGCCCGUUGUUCUGCCAGAUGACUCGCCUGAUGUGCCAGUGCCCGCUGCCCAGCCUGAUGUGCCGGUGCCUGCUGUCCCAGCCUGAUGUGCCCGUGCUGCCCAGCCUGAUGUCCCAGGUGCCCACUGCCCAGCCUGACGUCCUCUGUGCCCACUGCCCAGCCUGACGUGCCUCUGUCCGCUGCCCACUCUGCUUCUGGAACUCCUGUGUCCAGCAACCUGCCUUCCUGCGGUCUCCUGCAAAAAGAUAGGCCUAUCAGCAGGAGACCCAGUCAGUCGCUUGAUUCCGACAGUGGGAUGUCCAGCCAGUUACCGGACCCAGGCGGUGGAACAUUUGUGCCAUUACGGACUGUUUGGAGCGUCCUGAGGCCGCUCCUUGAAGGGGGGGGGGAACUGUCAGGAAUGGGCUCAGCACACGUGGUGCUGGGGCUCACCUGCCUUGUGGGCUGCAGUACCAGUGCUGGCCAGUGAGUGCUCUCAGCA